GAUGGUGGUGGCGCGGCGCUCGGCAUCGCCACAUCCCGCCGCGAGCGGGGGACCCCUCGCGGCGCCGUGGCCGAGCCGGGCCCGCGGCGCCGCGGGUCGAGGAGGCCGCUAGAUGAGAGGCGCCGCCAGAGCGCGAGGACGAGGAAGAGGAGGACGAGGGGGAGGAGGAGAACCGCAUCCCGAGCACAUCCGAGCAGGCAUGGCCGCGCGUUCGCCGCGGGGACUGUCGGCGCUGGGGGUUGGAGAGAUGUCGUGCGUGGCGGAGGAGGCCGAGCUGGAGCUGCUGUACGAGGAGGAGGAGGAGGAAGAGGAAUACGAGGAUUUGCGUUGUUUUAGCCGAUACUGCGAAUCACCGGUGGAUCAGUACCACCGGCACUCGCUCUCGCCCGUGCCGGAGGAGUCCGGCGAGGAGCAGGAGGAGGAGGAGGAGCCGUGCGGCAUCUCGGCGGGGUCCGCCGGCUCGCGCUCGUCCUCGUGCGAGGACCUCUCGCCAGGGGUCCUUCCCAGGGACGGCUCUCCCAAGCGGGCGGCGACGGCGGCUGCUGCGGUGACUGCGGUGGCGCAGUCCGCGUGCGAGCAGGAGCUGCUCCGGGCCGCGGCGGUGAAACUCCGCACGCUCGCCACGCCGCGGCUGCCCGGCACGCGGAGGCGCGAGGAGGAGGAGGGCGAGGAGGGUCCCGAGGAGGCCGAGGAGGUCGAGGAGGUGCAAGACGAGAAGAGGCCACUCAGCUCCUGGGAGACGCUCGAGUACCUUGUACGUGCUGAGGACCGACCGCUCCAGGACCGGGCCGGCGUUGCGUGGCAGCAACGGAGGAGGAGCAGUGACGACGAGGAGUACGUGGAGUACGAGGAGGAGGAGGAGGACCUCGCGCGGUCACAGCCGAGCCGGGAGGACGGCGUGGCCUCGACGCGUGGCCCCGACGAGCCGUGGGGGUGCAAGCGGAGCCGUCGGGACGAGAGCGAGCGCCGGGCGGGCACGGGUGGCCGCGAGCGCGAGGAGAACGCGGUGCGGGAGGCAACCGCCGCCGUCCGGCACCGCGCGUCCAACGGGCAGCAGCCCCGGCAGCGGCAUCGACGGCUGAGGAACGGCUCGGCCCCGGAGGCGAGCGGAGAGCCGGACGAUCGCUACGAGGAGGAGGAGGAGGCGGCGGCGACGAUGGCGCUGUCGCGCGCGGCGGAAGGCGGCGGCGGCGCCGCGCAGGAGGGCGGCUGGGCGCUGCAGGUGGCGCUGACCGAGGCGGAGCGAGUGCAGAGCUGGCUCAUGCAGGCGCACGCCUCCCUGGGGCGCUGCGGCGCCGUGCGGUGGGGCCGCACGCGCGACGUGGCCAGCCAGCUCGUCGACUGCCAGAGCCUGCUGACGGAGAUCGAGCGCAAGGUGUCGGUGCUCGGCGCCCUCAUCACGCGGAGCGACGCGCUCCUGGAGGAGGUGCGGGCCCGGGCGGGCUCGCGGACCCCCGUCCCCACCCUCGGCGCCGCGGGCGAGGACGGGAACCCGGCGUGCCUCGACUCAGCGGCGGCGACGGAGGGUGUAGAACGGGCCGCCCCCGACGACGGCCAACCGACGGACGCCGGGGGCGGCCGCGAGCCGGACGGCGACGACGGCGACGACGGCGACGACGCCGACGCCGGAAAGGAGGUCGCGUCCGACGAGCCGGAGAGCGACGUCCGCCCCGCCGAGUGGCCGGGCCGCUACUGCGAUGGCGAACAAGUGGAUGCGCAGCACGUGGACGCACAGCACGUGGACGUGCAGCACGUGGACGUGCAGCACGUGGACGUGCAGCACGUGGACGUGCAGCACGUGGACGCGCAGCACGUGGAUGCGCAGCACGUGGACGUGCAGCACGUGGAUGCGCAGCGCCUGCGGAGGAGGGCGCACGCCGAGGAGAUCUCCGCUCGGCUGCGCACGCUCAAGGGCAGCUUGCUGGGGCUGCAGAAGGUGCUGCUCGACCGGCAGACCAUCCUGCAGGGACGGUUAACGCGGCAGGAGGCAGAGGGAGAGGAGAGCACGUCACACGAGGACCUCGUGCUGGAGGAGUACAGCGAGCGCGUGGAGAGGCUGCCCACGGGCUCGCUGCUGUCCGGCGGGGUUUCCCUCGCGGCCGCCGCCGGUGCCGUUGCCGCCUCCGCCACCGUCGACCACAACUGCAACCACCAGCCGCAGACACUCCGUGGCCUCCUGGAGGAGCUGAAGCUUCUCCUGGACGAGGCGGUCUUCGAGCACGAGGCCCUGUCAGCUAGGCGCGGUCAGGCGAGCGGCACGGCCCGGUCGGAGGCCCUGGAGGAGGGCCGCCGACGGCCCCCUUGGGGCCUCCUGGAGCAGGAGCAGCAGAGCAAGAUGAGGGUGCUGGCCGACCUCCUGCACUGCCGCGACAUCUCGGGCCCGGUGCCGCUCGCCUCGACGUCGCCGCUGGAGGAGGCGUGGGGGCCGGGUCGGCCUCCGCCGGCUCCCCGCGUGGCGGUGGUGGCGCCGCGGGUGGCAGCGAGGCUCGGACGCUCGGCCGGGGGGGGCGCCGGCGACGGAGAGGUACAGAACGGUGUUGAGCACCAUGGGGAGGGGACGGUGGAGGAAGAGGUGGAAGAAGACGGUGAGGAGGAGGAGGGGGAAGAGGAGGAGGAGGGGGAGAGGCCACGGGACCCCGAGUGGAAGUGUUUCUCCGCGCUGCGGGCGGCGUCGUGCCGCCUCGACGCCGUGGAGGAGGCGCUCCUCCUGCCCUGGGCGGACGGCGACGAGGAGCGGGAGGCGUGGCUGGAGGAAGAAGAGGAGCUGUGCGUCCACCUGGCGGAGUUGGACCGCGAGUUGCGCCACCGCUCGUGGGAGGACGAUGCGGCGAGCGAGCCGGGCCCGGGCGACGCCGUCGCCGCCGCUGCCACGAGGAGGGGCGUGCAGCUGCGGCUGGGCGCCCUGGAGGCCGCCUUGCGGGCCAGCUGCUCGGCCCUCAGGGACGGGAUAUCCAGAGUCGCUGAGCACCAGAGGGAGGUGGCGGCGCUGCAGAACGCCGUGUCAAGCGAGCGGCGCUCCGUUCAGCGCAAGCUCCAGCACUGCGCUGACCACAGCCCCACUCAGCAACUGGAGGUGCUCAGAGAGGUGGCGCGGUCCCUGGACAGCCUGAGAAGCCAAGCGGCGCCGCUCCGGCAGCGCCAGCUCGAGGCUAAGCCCACGUCGCCCGCUGGCACCGACCUGGCGCGCAUCGAGCACAUGCUCGAGACGCUGGAGGAGGACGUUCACGGGCGGCGGCAUGCCCUGACGCGCGCUUGCGCCGUCGACCGGCGCUACGAGCAGGAGCUGCGGGCGCUGCUGAUGCUCGUGCGUCUCGCGGACGAGCGGCUCCUCUCCGCUCCCCGGCUGCUGCUCGCCGCCGCAGACCUCGAGCAUGCGGAGCGGCAGUGUCUGGCGCUACAGGAGUUCUUCCGCCGGCUGGAGGAGCGGCGCUUCGCGGUGGAGGAGUGGGUGCGCCGGGCGUCGGGGCGCCGCGAUGCCGCGUGGACGCGGCUGCAGGCUCGCCUCGACGCGCAGCAGGAGAGCCUCCGAGCCGGGGUCGCCGAUCAUCGCUGGAUCAUCCAGGGGUGGCGGCAGCUGGAGCGGGAGCACGAGGAUCUGAGCCAGCAGCUGGAGCACGCCGAGGGCUCCAUGGUGGCCCGCGGGGUGGUGGAGGAGUCGGAGGAGUGGCUGUCGGACCGCAUCGCCGCUCUCCUGAGACUGCGGUCGCACCUGGACGAGCACCUGCCCCGGGUCUCGCAGCUGCUGGCGGACGGCAAGCGGCUGCACGGCCUCCUGAUGGCGCGGCUCAGCUCGGCCGACAAAGCCGCGCGGGCCGGGCGCGACGACGGGGAUCCUGCCGAGGCGACUCUCCGGAUUUCCGGUGAAGGCGAAAGGUCGCCGGCCGCCCCUGCGUCGGACGGCGGCCCCGAGGGGCGCUCAGCGCCAGAAGGCGAGCCGGGAGACGGGGCCACGCACCCGACGGCUCUCGCGCUGGGCCUCGCUGCCGGGCCGGGCCUGACGUGCCACCUCGAGGGCUUCGGCCAGCGCUGGGCCGACUGCGGCGGCCGUUUGGGCACGGAGCUGCGUCGACUCCAGGCCCUGCUGGCGCACCUGACGCGGUUCCGCUGCGAGUGCACGGAGCUGCUGCUGUGGCUCGCCGAGUCGCGGGGUCAGCUGGACUACUGGAGCAACCAGGCGGACACGGUGGCUCACGAGCCGUCCACGGCCCAGGAGCUUUUCCAUCGGUUCAUGGCGUUUGUGCACGAGGCCAACGUGAAGGCGGCCCUCAAGGCGGCGGUGGUGGCGGGCGGCACCCGACUGCUGCAGCUGCAGCAGGGCGAGGCGACGGCGCCGAGGACGCAGCUGGCGCAGCUGGAGACGGCGUGGGCCGAGCUGACGGCGCGCGUGCCGCUCGUGCAGGAGCGCCUGCACCAGGCGUUGGUGGCGUGCCGCCCGUCGUGCCAAACCAUGGCGGAGCUCCUGGACUGGGUGGACGAGGUGGAGCGGAGGCUCGCGAGCGACGGAGACGAACUCUCCGGCCUGGUCGGCGCGGCGCCGCUCAGGGUUCUGCUCGACGAGUACAAGGGCUUGACGCUGGACACGCAGGCUCGCCAGCCGCUGGUGGACAGCGUGAGCCAGGCGCUGCUGCAGCAGCAGCAGGGCGCGGCGCACGUGCAGGCGCGGCGGUGCGAUAAGCUGCAGCUGGCCGAGAGCGUGGGCGUGCUGGACCGGCGCUGGCAGGCGCUGCUCGGCCGCCUGGCCGCCACGACGGAGAAGCUGGAGACGCGGCUGGAGGCCUGGACGGAGUGGGAGGCGCAGGCGCGCGCCGUGCGCGACUGGCUGGAGGCGCAGGCCGCGGGGCGACUGGCGGCGCUGCGGCAGUGCCGGGGUGGCGGGGCCACGGCGACUCUCGCGCUCGGCGCGUGCUCGGAAUUGCAGGACAAGCUGAAGGCGCAAGUGGAAGAGGUCGACAAGCUGGAGGUGUGUGGCGGCUCCGUGGUGCCGGCCGACGGGAGGUCCCCCGGGGGUCUCGUCACAGAGACUCUGCGCGAGCUGCGGGCGUCGUGCAGCCGCGUGCAGCAGGAGCUGUCGCAGGCCGUGGAGCAGCAGCGGGGGCUAGUGGAGGCGUGGGGGAGCCGAGACGCGGCACACGAGGCCGUGAACCGGGCCUUGUGGGAGGCCUGGCAUGGCCUCAGCAGGGCCAGUGUCCUCACGGGGUCUGCCCAGGCUGCCCAACGGCAGACGAGCAUCCUGCAGCGUUUGCAGGGAGAGGGCGAGCGCAGGGCGGAGCUGCUGCUGGAGCUGGUGGGGGUGACGGGGCGGCUCCGCUUCGCGUGCCACCCGGUGCUGCACGCGCGCCUCUCGCGGGGCCUGGACGAUGCGAGGAGGAGCCUGGAGGAGCUGGAGCGGGCCCUCACAGAGGGCCGCGCCCGGGCCGCCGAGCUGCGGGAGCUUUGGGCGGCACUGGGGGCAUCGAAGGCGGCGGCCCUCGGCUCGCUGUCACGCCUGGAGGAGGAGGCCGCCACGCUGGGGGCGACCGUCUCCCCCUGGGACCUGCCACUGGAGGAGGCCCACAGCUGGCUCUCCAAGUGCCAGGAGAUGGAGGCCGGCGCCGAUGCCGCAGAGAGCUCGCUGGCGACCCUCUCGGCCCGCGCGGACGAGCUGAGCCAGCGCACGGGCCCCACGGCCGUGGCCCCCGCCCGGCUGGAGGGGGGGGCCCUCACCCACCGGCUGGGCCGUGUGCGGCGCUCGCUGCGCUCCAGCCGGCUCGCACUGCAGCAUGGCAGCAGCGUCCACCGGGGCCUUGUGGAUGGCCUGCGGGCGCUGGGGGCCGUGGUGGAGGAGGCCGAGGCGGUGCUGGGGAGCGAGCGGCACGACGCCCGUCCUCCCGGGGAGCCCGGAGGAGCGCACGGCCGCGCAGCGGAGAUUAAGCUGCAGCUGCUGAGUCUGGCGGCAGCGGUGCCGGCGCUGGAGGCGGCGCGAGCGGAUGGGCGCCAGCUCCUGCUGGACGGCAGCGAUGCGCAGCACCUGCGAGCGCUGUCCGCGCGCUGGCACCGCACUGUCUCGCAAGCUGCACUCACAUCAAGCCAGCAACAGGGCCAGUGGCUGCAGCGACGGAGCUUCGUGGAGAAGUGCAGGUGCUGGAAGAGGCUCCUCCUGGAGAUGGAGCAGAGCCUGGACGUAGAGGAGGCUCCCGGCCUGGAGGACGGCCGCCACGCCAAGGAGAACGGGCAGGCCGCUCCUCGCGUGGACCUCGCCACGCCCGGCGAGCGCUCGUCCCCGCUCGACCGCCACGGGGAGCGUCCCGACGCCGGCGACGCGACGGCGCUCGGCGAGCGCUACGACAAUCUGCUGGAGCGGCAGAGGACCGUGGAGUGCCUCCUGGUGAAGGUGCUGAGUCAGCAGGCGCUUGUGCAGGAGGUCGUGCGGGAGGGCCGGGAGCUGCUCGAGAGCGGGCGGGCAGCGGACCGCUCGACGCUCGGGUCCAAGCUGGCGCUGCUGGCUGUGGUGUGGCGCGGCGCGGUGCGGCGCACGCGACACGCGAGGGAGGAGCUGGCGCGCCGCACCGCCUCGUGGCGCCGCUACCUUGAGGCGGGCGCUGCCGCGCGUGACGCUCUGCACCGGCUGGAGGCCGAGGUGACGGAGCUGGAGCGGUGCAGCUCCGGCCUCUCCCACUCGCGGGUGGCCCUGCUCCUGGAGGACACGGAGGCCGUGACGCGCGCCACGCAGCGCACGCUGGGCGGCCGAGGGACAGCACUGGAGGCCGCUGCCACGGCCGCGGCGCUACAGCUGGAGCCGGCGGCGCGAGGCCGCCUGCGCCACGAGGUUGUUGCCGCACACGAGCGGUGGAAGCAGGCCGGGCUUCGUCUGCACAUCCUUCAUCAGCGGCUCACGUGCAGCUUGCAGGAGAGGGAGGGCUGGGAGUGCGUGCUGGAGGGCUCUUUGGAGAAGCAGGCCCUGCUGCAGGAGAGGCUCUUCCUGCUGCUGCUGCCAUCACAAGAACCGGAGCUGCAGGAGCAGCAGCAGCAGUGCAGGGAGCUGGGGCAGCUGGUGGGCGAGUGCACCGAGGAGCUGGAGGGGUUGGAGGGGCCGGAGGGGCCGUGCUCUUCCCUGGAGCUGCCGGCGUCGGACGAAGGACCGCGCGCUGGCGGAGGCCCGCGUGGCCGGCGUGCGCUGGCAGUGGGCCGAGCUGCAGGACCAGGUGAGUCGGCUGUCGCGCUGCGCGUCGGAGCGGCACGAGGAGUGGGAGACGUUUGCGAGGCGCGACUCGCGGCUCUGCGAGUGGCUCGUGCGCCUGGAGCAGGCGGUGUCGCGCGGAGGCGAGGGCAGCCUGGAGGAGACGCUGGGCUGGCUCGAGAAGGAGUGCAAGGACGAGGUGGAGGCGGCGGGCGACUGCUGGGCCCGGCUGCAGGCGUUCGGCAACCAGCUGGUGGCGGCGAGCGGAGCGGCGCGCGCCGCCGAGAUCAGGGACAGGCUCGGACGCACGGAGGACCGCUGGAACCACCUGCACUACUUCUGGGCCACCAGGGUGCGCUGGCUCCAGGAUGUGAGCGGCAACAAGCAGCAUUUGGACAGUGCCAUGGGCAGCCUGCGCUCCUGGCUCGCCUGCAUGGAGGCCACGCUGGCGCAGCCCAUCGUCUACCACGACUUCGAGGCGACCGAGAUCCAGCUGAAGCUGGCGCAGCAGCAGGAGCUACAGAAAGACAUUGAGGAGCACAGCGCCAGCGUGUCGUCGGUUCUGGGCGCGUGCGGGGCCCUGCUGCAGGACUGCGACGCGUGCGCCGGCAAGGCGGAGAGCGACGGUCUGUCGCAGGCGACGCGCGGCCUCGAGCGGCGCUGGAGGAACAUCUGCGCCACAGCCAUGGAGCGUC